GGAGUAUUUUCUUUCCCAAAUUGCCCUCAGCUCAUUUUCCUUCUUUUUUCCCUGGGCACCCACAACUUGGAACGACUAAGGAAUGGAAAAAAUGGAGCUCAAAUCGGAAGAUAACAAAGGUGAGAAUCGACGGCGCCGGCGCGUGGGGCUCAUACACGACGAGAGAAUGUGCAAGCAUUUCGCUCCCGACGACGAUUACCAUCCCGAAAACCCCAAUCGCAUCCUUGCCAUCUGGAACAAGCUCAAAUCCUCAGGCAUCACCCAAAGAUGUGUGGUUCUGAGUGCCAAAGAAGCAGAAGAUAAAUAUAUAGCUGCAGUUCACACCAAGAACCACAUUGAUUUAAUCAAGAACAUAAGCUCCGAGAAAUUCGAUUCACGAAGAGAGAGGAUUGCUGCAAAAUAUAACUCAAUAUAUUUCAAUGAAGGCUCCUCAGAAGCUGCAUAUCUUGCUGCUGGCUCUGUUUUAGAGGUCGCGGAGAAAGUUGCUAAAGGAGAAUUGGAUUCAGCUUUUGCUAUUGUUAGGCCUCCAGGUCAUCAUGCAGAAGAAAAUGAACCAAUGGGGUUUUGUCUACACAACAAUGUUGCUGUAGCUACAAGUUUCCUCUUGAACAAAAGAGAGUUGGGUAUCAAGAAAAUCUUGAUAGUUGAUUGGGAUGUUCAUCAUGGAAAUGGUACUCAGAAAAUGUUUUGGAAGGAUCCUCGAGUAUUGUUCUUCUCAGUUCACAGGUACGACUUCGGGACUUUUUAUCCAGCUAGUGAGGAUGGUUCACAUAUUAUGAUUGGCAAAGGACCAGGUGCAGGGUACAACAUCAAUGUUCCCUGGGAGAGUGGUCGGUGUGGGGAUGCUGACUAUAUAGCAGCUUGGGACCAUGUAUUAAUUCCCGUUGCUAAGGAAUUUAAUCCAGACAUAAUAAUGAUUUCUGCUGGAUUUGAUGCAGCUGUUGGUGAUCCUCUUGGGGGUUGUCGCGUUACGCCAUAUGGGUACUCUGUUAUGUUGAAAAAGCUGAUGGAGUCUGCUCAGGGUAAGAUUGUUAUGGCAUUAGAAGGAGGAUACAAUCUUGAUUCUAUAGCGAAUUCAGUUCUAGCGUGUGUAGAAGUAUUGGUAGAGGAGAAGCCUCUCAGUGGUUCUUCAGAGGCAUAUCCAUUUGAGUCCACAUGGCGAGUAAUACAAGCGGUCCGUGAAAAACUGAGUCCAUUUUGGCCGAUACUAAAGUAUGAAUUAUCAAAGAAAUUAACUGAUGGAAAAGCACCUCCAAUUCAGAUCUCAUGCUCAGAUUCUGAUGGUGAGAAUGAUAUUUGUGCAAAUAUUGUAUCCGAAGAUCUUGAGAAGGCUGUUCAGGACGUUUUGCAACCCUUUUCUGAGCUGAGAGUUGGUAUUAAUAGUAACGAUGAGGUAAGUACAGUUUCUGCCCCCUGGAGAUUAGAGCUUUCAAAGAUUGAUGUUUGGUAUGCUACAUUUGGGUCAAAUAUGUGUAAAUCAAGAUUCCUCUGCUACAUUCAAGGUGGACAGGUGGAAGGCAUGAUAAAAGCAUGUGCUGGUUCACUGGAUAAAAGCCCACCAAAAGAGAUUUUGUGGAAGACAGUCCCUCAUCGUUUAUUCUUUGGUCAUGAUCAAAGUAAAGCUUGGGGUCCUGGAGGGGUUGCUUUCCUGCAUCCCGAAAGUAACUCUCAAAAUAGAGCUUACAUGUGCCUGUACAGAAUCACGCUUGAGCAGUUCAAUGAUGUUUUGCUUCAGGAAAAUGUUUCAAGAAUUGACCUGAGUUCUCCUGCGUUUGAUUUGACUGACUUAGACUCCAUCAUGGAGAAGGGGAAGUCUGUGGAGGUCUUGGAGAGAGGCUGGUACCGUAACGUCGUACACCUGGGAAAUGAAAGUGGCAUUCCGAUAUUGACAAUGACGUGCACCCUGUCUGAUGUCGAAAGCUUCACAUCUGGUAUACUUCCCUUAUGUGCCCCUGCCAAAGAAUAUGCCGAUACCUUGGUGAGAGGCCUGGUCGGAGGAAAUCAGUUUUCAGAGGAGGAAGCUAUGGCUUACAUUCUGGAAGCUUCAACAAAUCCAUUGUGAUUUUAGUUUGACUUGUAAAUUCCUUGGAUUUUUGUUGUUGGAAAUAUCCCAUUUCCACACACAGGGUGGUGGCUAGAUGAACAAGCUUAAUUAUGGGCACAGUAGUAGGGCCUGGUAGUGAAUAUGGUUUGCAGUCGAUAAGACAUCCUCUCAAACUUCAUUGGUACUUAA